AUGAUUUUUGGAAAUGUCAACUCGAUUGAAGAAAAACUCUGCAAACAAUGUGCCAAACUUUUUGAUUUGUGGUUUACCAAAGCGUUACAAGUUGAAAAUUCCUUAAAACCACUUGCAGGAAGUAGUCAAUCUCUUCGAAAAUCGCAACAGCAUCAUCAAACCUCUCAUACCAUUUCAACAUCGAAACCAAGUCGAGCUCUUCAUAAGACCAUGAUGACAUCCUCCUUCUUUACCUUACGAUCAAGAAGUGUCUUUCGAGAGCAUAAUAAGAGACGUUCAUUACCAAUGCGACCACCUCCCAUGGUUGUGAAUCAACAAUUAUUACAGGAAUGGAUCACUGAUCCCAAUAAUAAUGUGUGGGAAAAUCCACUCGAUCCCACCUCUGAUUAUUUGGAAACCAUUCCUCAAAAGUAUCUUGCAAAACAUGAUCUGCAUCAAGUAGAUCAGGAAGUGGAAUUGAAUGAUAUGAUUUUUGACUUUUUACAUGUUUCAAAGAGUAGUGGUAGUAGUAGUACCAAGUCGAAACAAGAUGAACCAAGUGGUGGUAAUCUAUAUCAUUCCGAUGAUAAGGAUCCAGCACGACACGAAAAUUUCAACAACAAGAAAACCAAUCGAGACGAAGAAGAACAACGACAAGCUCAAAGCUGUACCUGUUGUUGCUUGUGUUAG